AGUGCACAUCGCACACGCACACGCAUCAGAUAUGUCCUCCGGGGUGCUUUCUCACCGGGACCGGGGCAAUGAACCGAAGCAGUGGUGAUAAGUGGAAUUAAUUAGCUUGAAAGAACUGCGUGCAACUCCCGUUAGCUGGCUGCAGGAACAGUGCACCAAGGAAGAAUCCUGAUGAACCUCCUCUGUCCAGGGCCACGGGUGAAGCGGGCUGACGUAAUGCCGAAGCGCGGGAUAAUUGUGUGCGAGACUUCAGACUUAAUCGGCAGCAAACAAUAACUGGCCUGGCAUGGCGCAUUCCGGUGUGUAAUUUAUCAAGACUCCGAACCCCCAACCAAUCAAUCAAUCAAUCAAACAAGACGAUCGUUUGAUAGGUCGCUCGGGGAUCGGGAUCAUACCUCCGGAUGGGUUGGCGAAGGUGAUAAAUCUGGUGCACCCGCCCCGUCGAUGCUGCUGCUGGUGGUGAUCUCCCGCCCCGUACCAGGGAACGCCUUGACCUGUGCGAGAGGUGUCCAUUGCGCGCGCUAAAUACUCUCGCGCGGCUGAUGUCGAAGUGCAAAAAUAACAGACUAAAAUAAAAUAAAUAAAAAUCAAGUGCGGAAUAGAAGGUCGGGAAACCUUUACCAGUGAAAAAAAAACCCCAGCCGAAGAAAAAAAAACAGUGAGAUGCGGUGUGAGCAAUGGCUGUCAAGAACCUUGACCGUUGAUACCUCGCAUAGCUACGCUGGAAGUGAGACAAGUGCUCUGCCGCUACCUACAAGAAUGUUGGCCUACGGAAGAUAUACAUUUUUGACGUUCGCAGAGUGAUGGAGUGAUGAGUUCAGUGCGUGUACCGAAUCUGUUCGAGUGGAUUGUGCGUGGUGGUAAGCGAUGAGUUCAAAGUGUUUCUCCCAUCCCUGUGGAGGUAGUGUCUAGAGUAGUGUGGAGUACGAACUCGAGAACUCCAGGCUAAAUCAAACAGCCCCAAACGAAGGCGGCUCAACAGAGUGAUCAGAGUGCAAGGGUGGUGGUGUUUAUCUUCGAAAACAGGACAUCGGAACAACCGAGCAAAAUGUACUGCCUUUGCCGUUCGUCGAAAACCAUCACGGUGCGGAUCGUGCUGCUGGACGAGACGGAUUUUCUUCACGAACUGCAGGACGAUUUACCCGGACAAGCCUUGCUGGAUGUGGUUUUCGCCCGGCUGAAUCUGAUAGAGACUGCCUACUUCGGGAUCCGGUACAUCGAUCAGGACAAUCAGACGCAUUGGCUGGAUCCGGGUGCAAGACUUUCCCGCCAGCUGAAAGCGGGCAAAGUGCCGUACGAUCUAUACUUCGGCGUCAAGUUCUACGCCUGCGAUCCUUGCAAGCUUGUCGAAGAAAUUACGAGGUAUCAGCUGUAUUUGCAGGUGAAGCAGGACAUACUUCAAGGACGGCUGCCCGUUUCGUUCGAACUCGCAGCGGAACUCGGGGCGUAUGUUGUGCAGGCCGAGCUUGGUAACUAUGAUCCACGCAAACAUCCGCCCGGCUACGUGUCCGAGUUCCGGUUGCUCAACAACCAAACGAAGGAAAUCGAAAGCCGCAUCCACGAGCUGCACAUUCAGCUGGAAGGAAUGUCCCCGUCGCAGGCCGAGUUCAACUAUCUGGACAAAGUCAAGUGGCAUGACAUGUACGGUGUGGAUCUGCAUCCGGUGCUGGGUGAAGACAGUGUGGAGUACUUUCUCGGCCUAACGCCGGGUGGAAUCGUGGUGCUGCGAAAUAAAACCACCGUCGCACACUACUACUGGCCUCGGAUAGCGAAGGUCUACUACAAGGGACGAUACUUUAUGCUUCGCGUCUGUGAUAAAAACAAUGAAGUUAGUACUUACGGUUUCGAGACACCAAAAAAGAGCGCCUGCAAGCAUCUGUGGAAAUGCUGCGUGGAACACCAUUCGUUCUUCCGCCUGGUACGGGUAGCACCGAUGCAGGCCACCGGCACACUUGCCAGCAAGUACAGUGCCCGUUCGGAGCGGCAAUCGAUGAAGGACCUCUCGACGCAACAGCGAGUCCCGCCCGCGUUUACCAGGACACCGUCCCGCCGGCAGCCACGGCGCGUGAUGAACGAUCCACCGACCGAGGACAAGAUGUUCGAUGCACCGAAAUACAUUCAGCAGGAAAUCAAAUCCGUUUCAAUACCUCAACCGGCACAGUCCUUUGAGAGCCCUUAUCGUUCUACUUGCAGCAUACCGGCUGCAUUGAAUGGUAGCAGCGGCAGUAAGUCGCAAGCUCCUGUCCCACCGGACUCACCGCGCAGUACACGCAGUGCGCCCUGGAUGCGUUCGCAGCAGCGCGGUUUGUUCGGGAUCAACUCGAGCCCCAAGUCGGUACGGUCCGCGUCUACCCGUAUGAGCGCACCGGCCAACAACAGCCGAAUGCGUUCGAGCUCCGUCGAAAGCCACUCGUCGAACGAAUCUCGCUCGGGACGCAGACGUCGGCACAGGAGUCGCCGGGUGUCGGACAAUGAGAGUGAAAUGAGUCGCGGUUCGGGACGUUCGGGUCGUUCGCACAACUCGCACCGGAAGCAUCGCCGCCAUCGCUCCAAGAAUCGACGCAAUCGGUCGGAUACGGAGAGCCGUGAUCGUAGCUACUCCGGCCAUCGACGAUCGACGGAUUCGAUCGAGCUGGUAGACUCGGGUGAGCAGUGGCUGGAGGUGCAGCGCAAACAACACUCCGAUGCCGUCCCGAAGGCGGCCGUCAUCAAGAGCAGUCAGGUGAUGAAGGGUACGCAUCCCGAUUCUGGCAUUAUACAGCACCAUCAUCGUAGCCGACGACACCGCAAGCAUCGAUCGCCCUCGGAGAAGAUAUGGUCGAGCGAGUUGACGAAGCAUCUGCAGUUCGAUCUGGUCGAUACAACCGGCAUGACGGAGGAUCAGUUGCGCGAGAUACCGUACACGGUUGUGGAGACGAACCAUGCCGCCAAAAAGCCGAACACACUGAAGGUGCACAAGACUAGUCAUCAAUCGUCGACCUCGUUAUCGCACCAUCUUCACCACCAUCAACCACACCAGGCGAGCAAUAAUCGUAUCGAUCGGAUAAGGGACCCAUACUCGAAAGGCGGCGAUGGUAGCUUGGUGGAGAACGGGAUCAACGGGGGCUCGAUUCGAUCGGCUAGUACGAUCAGUUCAUCGAGGGAUUACGAUCGCAACUCGGGGCUUAUAAGAAUGAUGUCCAGUAUGAGCAUGGGAGACUUCAUAUCGCCGACUGGAUCGAGCUUGAGUCCGUUGGACAGCUCGGGUCUGCGCGUAUCGCACGAACACACCGAUUCUGGACUGGGAGCCGACCAAGACUAUGCGUACUCAUCGGAACGGUCCAGUGACAGCGCCAAGUACGGUACGAACAAAUCGUCCGGAGCAUCCGUAACGUCAGGCCACACGAAGUCCUCCUCGUCGAACACCAUGAAGUCACACCAUCACACUGUGAGUAGUAGGAAACCUCCGCUCUGCCCAGGCCGUGGUGGGCCUUCGCAAGCCAACCCCCCAGCAAUAACUCAGCAACCACAGUCACAACAGCAACAGCAACAGCAACAACAACAACCAUCACAGCAACAGCAAACACACAUUCAGAGCAAAUUUUCCUCGGUACCUGGUGUACAUAGUGCCAACGGCAGUAACAGUCGCUUGAUCAAUACUAACAACACACACUAUCAAAACAAUCACUACACCUUCAGUCUAACCCGAAACCCUCACCAGACUCAUCAACUUCAGCAACAUCAUCAUCAUCAUCAGCAACAACAACAGCAACAGCAUCAUCAGUAUCGGCACAAUUUCACUAACAAUCUGGGUGGCCGUGGCCAUCCGGUCGGUGGUGUGGGUAGUAUAGGCAGCGGGUUAAGCACUAGCACAUACCUGGACACGGUGGCGACGCUAUCGUCAUCUGCCGCACCCUACCACUACUUCUUCGAUGGGACCGGUUUCCGGUCGAACGUCGGCCCUUCCGGAACCGGUAUCCAUCCGCUCGGAGGACUGGUGGGCCCGGGUGCUGGCGGUACUCGCGGUACCAAGUCCGACAUCGGUGUACCGAUACGCCCUAAGCGGCACUAUCAACAGCUUCAUCAGCAGCAGCAGCAGCAGCAACAGGCACACCAGUACAAUAUCACCAGUGUGCACAAUUUUAGCCGCUCGUCCGUUGCCACCGGUACGGACCGGAAGCAGCGGAACCCGAUGGCACAGUCGCCAUCGUUCAACAAGUCAAUCGACUAUCUGGAAAACUAUAAGACUGGUGUGGAAAGACUUAACCAGGGCAACGGUAGCCUAAACAAUAACAAUCCGGAAAGUUUCACCGGGCUGCUCGGCAUGGGUGCCACCGGCAGUCAGAAUGUUCUGAACAACAACAACAACAACAACAACGGCAACGCCCAAUCGGUGGGCAGUAAUGGUCCGUGGGAGGUUAUCAACGGUACCAAGGGUGAUGGGGGCGUCGAUCAGGUCGGUCCUUUGAUUUGUUUCGAUUCGAACCGGAACCAGGAUGGCACACGCUCGGAGCUGGAGCAAUCCGUGACCACACCGACACGCGACACUAGUAGCCGUCAGUGUGAGACCGGCAGUGCAAAUGCUACCCGAUCUGUGGGUCCGUCGACCGGUGGCGAAAAUGGAAACAUGCAAACCGAGAUGGGUGCGAACGGAUCACCCACCGUUGGCCAACAGCCGCCGAACGGUAGUGGGACGCAGGGUGUGCGUAACAGUCCGACCAAAGCUAGUGCCGAUUCGGUGCGGUUGACCAAACCAAGGUCCCAGGUCGGGUCCAGCCCGGCACGGUUCGGUCUCGGUAAGAACAGCAACCAUCGUUCGUCCAGCUUAGAACUGAUACUAACACCUAUCAUACAGAGCCGACGGGCCCAGUAAUUAUGGGUGAAAUGAGCACGGAAUUGUAAUUUUCAUCGAACGCGCAUUCAUUCAUCCUUCCCUAGCCUUAAGGAAACACACACAACCUGUCAAAUUGAACUGUCAAAUGGCAACCAGUACACUCACUACUACUUGCUAUAAAACAUAAUAACAUCGAUGUGGUUUCGAUUCAAUUUACUUAUGUCAUUUGAACAGCAAAAACAAACAAACGAGAACCUUAUAAAUGUGUAUCCAUCUUUUUCCAUGUAUUACAGUUUUUUCACUGUACACUUAGCAUGAAAGGAAAGUAGCUAAAGGUUAAGAAAAACUGAAGAAUAAGAGGUAGAGCUGAACGUGUUUUGAGAAGAAAGCGGUUUUUUUGUACCGAGAUUCUUUACCAAUGUGCAAUCGAUCACAGCUAGAUAGAAUGAAUCGGGACGACGAUAUUAAGUAGCGCAGCCCAGUGGCAAAGUUCCGAAGCUUGAAUCGCGAAACUUUUCUUUUUAAUUAGCUCCAUUACUUAUCAAUGUAUUAACCACGGGGUUUAACGCACACGGAGGCCCGGUUGUGACAAGUGAUCACACACACACACACUUACGAUAGUGAAGGUAUGUUUUAACAAAAGCAGACAAAAAAACGGUAAUAUGUGCAGUACCACUUAAUGCAAUCCAGAACCAAAAAUAGGCGAAGCGAAAGGUAAGCAAAACACUUAAAUCAAAACAAAGGGAUAUCGACCUAAUACACUAAGAAGGUAAGCUAGGAGCUAGGGAGGAACUAACGAAGAGUGAGACAUUCUCGAUGUGUACGUUUGUAUGUUUGUGUGUGUGUAUGUGUGUGUGUUUAGGUUUUAGGAAGCGUAUGGUCAAGCACUGCGCCACCAAUGGCGCUACUCUUCACUGAAGGACGGAAGUGUUUGGACAACGAAUUUAUUAUUCUCCCAAUCGGUCGGUAGUUGGCUAAGUUUUCGAUGUGCGUACUUUGUAUUGUUCCCGGUAUAGCAGCUUCGGACGCCCGUUUCCGUCUGUUAUAGCGACACGCUUAAUCUUUACUGUUAGAUGUUUUUCGACGACGACGACGAUCGUGAACUGUGUACUUUAAUCUGUGUUCAAUCUGUUGUGUUUCGAACUCUUCUUGAAUGCUGACGCAUUAUCUCUAUCUGUUUGCCCCUUUCUGGACAUCCUUCGAACCGCAACUUCGUAAGACAAUGAAUGCAUCCGGAAGACAUUCGAGAACCGAGGAAGUCUUCCCCAGGAACGAAAGUGCUCUUGAUGUCGAGGACCCCGGGACAGUCAUUUUUUUGUCAUCUAAAUAGGUGUCCAAAGUGGCGUGAAACACGAACCGAAUUGCGCAUAUAAUAUGUAAGAUUCUUUUAUAUUGAUCCACACAAAAAAUCAAACACAGUCUUCAUCCCCGUGAAACAAAAUAAAACGAAAAUUGGAUUGUAAACAUAA